AUGGCCGGGUGGCUGCGGGCCAAGUCCGGGCGGCGGCUGUGCCUGGCGACGCGGCUCCGCGGCUGCAGCCGCGGCGGGGCGGGGCCGAGAGCGAGGACGGCCGGGGGCGCCGACAGCCGCAGCGGAGCCGCCGCCGCCGCCGCCGGUGAGGGAGGCCUAGAGCGGAGCCCGCCCCGCCCCGCGGCCCAGGGAGCGGGGCCGCCUCGGAGCCCGGCCUCUCCCCGCCAGCCGCGUCCCCGGCCAGUCCGCCGGGCCAGCAAGCGCGCGAGCGCCGGGCCGCGGCCGCGUCUUCCGCCCCCGGUCGGAGCAAGCCCGCCGCCCGUUCGUUCCCCGCGGCCGCCGGGUCCGGCCGGAGCCUGCAGCGGAGCCCAGGAGAGUCAGCGCCAUGGCGGAGCAGACCUACUCGUGCACUCUUCUUGGCUUAUUUCCUCGCAAAGGCCUUCAGAAGAAACCAAGACUCUAUUUCAUCUUUUCUCACAGGCCAGUUAUAUACCGUUUUGGCUGCUUGUCUUUAACUGCCAUCUCACAAACAGCCUUGAGGAGAAUUCAACAGCCUACUCAGAGGCCGGGAGCCCCCAGGAGCAGGGGACCCAUCUGUCUGUCUUGUGCAGCAUUCAAGCCAGCUGCAGGGCCCAGCCCCCUGGAGACAUGAACGAUCUCACAGAACAUCAACGUCGGACAGGUCACUCUGAGGCCAUGGUAAAAUGGGAGAUAGAGGUAAGGUCUUCAUGCACCUUACAAAAAGCCACACAUCCCCAUUUCUUGGCAGGGGGUAUGUGCGGCUGCUGCUUCUUGACCAGUGACAACUCUGUCCUCACCCCCACUAGAUAAGGUGUAAUGAGAUGGCUGAUUGUAGAACUGUCCCCUCUUUCUGACACCAUCCAGCCGCUAGUAAACCACAGCUGACACCCACCCACCCAAGCCCCACCCCUGUAAUAGAGCCGAAUGCCCCCCAUUCUGAUGCCUGCGGUUCCCCACGGUUCGUGCUCUCCUUCGCUCAUUGAGUAAUAAACCCAACUGGUUCAACCACAGGUGUGGCUCUGAGGGCAGGGACUGGCCUCUCCGAGGGACUGUCCCCUCUCUUGUCACACUGAUGGUGAUGAUGGUGGUGGUAAUAAUGAUGAACACAUACACACGGCCUAGUUGUGACGGGCACUGUGCUAAGUUCUUCCUCCACCUUCAUCUGUACUGAAUCCUCCCAAAGACUGCAAAGCAGGUAUUGUCGUCCCACCUGUUUUGCAGAUGGGGAGCUGAGGCAUGCUGGAGGCUGACCACCUGUCCCAGGUCACCAAGCUGGUACGUUGCUGGAGAAAGUCCAGGAGCUGGGCCCCAACCAGGCUCUGAGGCCUGGGCAAAACUUGGACCUGAACUGCCUUCAUCCGCAUGGGUCUCAGAGCUUGUUGGAACGUGGUGGGUGGUGGGGAGAGGGUGCUGGGCGGCCCCCGUACGGGGGCAGGAGUGAAUUCCUGUACUGUGGGCCGUGGCCUUCAAACCAGGCAGCCGUGUUGGGGCUUGGCCAACACACUAGGUGGACCCCUGACCUCCGCUGGGCCCACUCUUGAUUUUCUCCUGGGAAGACUUGGGGUUAUGGGUACCAGCCUGACUGUGCAGGACAGGUGGACCAAGGUGUCAACGCAGAGGCUAAGAGGUGACACCUUCCAACCUGGAUAUGGGAGGGUGGCUGGGAAAGAUGGGGCAGCAGAGAGAAGCAGAGAUUGGAGAGGCUGCAGGUGGAGAGAGCAAGAGGGUGAGGGAGAGGGAGCAAUGGAAGGAAGAGAGAAAGAGAGCAAAACAGGAAAAGACAUGCACAGAGAGAGGCUGCCCUGGGUCCGGACCUCUCCCAGGUCCCAGCUCAGUGCCUCCUGGGCUGGCUGAUGCUCCUUUUCUCGGUCUCCAGGUCACACUGGUGUUGCAGCCUGUCCCUCUGUCUGCAGGUUAGUCUGGGGGAGGGGGGUUUCGCUCCUGCCUGGGGGAGAGGAUGGCAUCUGCUGUCCUCCACACCCAGAGGUGGCACAGACCUGGGGGGUGGGAGGCAGAGCCUGGGGCCGGCUGUGUGAUCAGGGCAGAGCCUGGCCCCCACUGGAGCCUGGCAGGGAGCCCCAAGUAAGAGCUGCUCUCAAGGCAAAGUAGAAGCUGGAGGUGGGGGUGCUGAGGGAGGGCUCAGGAUGUUUACAGCUGGACUGGUAAGAUGAUUUCCUUUAAUACUGGUUGGCUGAACAAAUGUUCCCCGAGGCUAGUGGUGAAUUGUUUUUAUUUAGCUUUGUAUUUUUGAGAGAGGGAGGCAGCAUGGAGGUUUGUGGCAAUCUGAACUCAGACCCCAGUUUAGAUGAUGACCUUCUCACUAGCUGUGUGCCCCUGGGCAGGUAACUUCAUCUCUCUCAGCCUCUGUCGCCUAAGUGAGACACGUGAUCCCUGAAUUAUAGGGUUGUGAUAAUGAUUCAGAAGUGAUGGUCACGGCGAGUACUUGAUGGCGAGUACUUGGGAAGAGUGGGUACUCAAUACAUGUGACUACCCUGCUCCUGGGUCCUUUGGAAUUACUUUAUUAGUAAAAUUUAUACUUGACAGAUUGAAAAAUAUUUUCCACAGACAAAGAAUUAUAUUUGCUUGUGUGUAUUUUAAUAAAGCCAUAUGAACAUAACUCAUACCUGACACCAAUAUUUCAACUUUCAUGCCUUUAAAAUUGACUGGAAAUGAUAAAUACAACAAAGGAAUUUCCAUGAACAGGCAAAUGCUCUUCUCAGAAAAAUGGGUUUUUUGCUUCUGCUGUCGGUGACAAUGAUGGAGAUGCAAUCUCGGCUGCUACUUUGGGGCGCUCACUGUGUGCCCCGCCUGUGCUCCAGGCUUCCCACAACGUCUCCCCUUCAGCCUCACCACCCUGGGAGGUGGUCCCGCUGGAACAU